AUGAUACCACCACGAAUCGUUCCAUGGAGGGAUUUUGCUGAACUAGAGGAGCUGAAACUUUGGUUUUACCCGAAAAGCAAAGGAACCAUUGAAGAUAAGCGACAGCGUGCAGUGCAAAGAGUACAGAGCUACCGACUAAAGGGUUCCCAAUAUUUACCUCACGUGGUGGACUCUACAGCACAAAUAACAUGUGCGGUAUUGCUAGACGAAAAGGAAGCGUGUUUAGGAGUACAUCAGGAUUCUAUUCCUAUCCGGUUAUCGUAUGUAAUGGCUUUGAUUCGGUUUGUCAAUGGCUUAUUGGAUCCAACGCAACAAUCUCAGUUCGCUAUUCCCUUACACACAUUAGCUGCUAAAAUUGGACUGCCGUCCUGGUUUGUUGAUUUGAGACACUGGGGUACACAUGAGAGAGAUUUACCUGGAUUAGAAAUGCUUCGUUGGGCCGCCAAUGAAGCGUUAUCUUGGCUAUAUGAUCACUACUGGAACGAUGAGGAAUUAGAAGAUGACAGGGAUGAUGAUGACGAUGAUGAUGAUACCGGUUACGGAUACAGAAGAAAUGAUAAACUGGAGAAAUAUAUGGAGUCAUUAACUAAAACACUUGAUAAAUGGAAGCGACUUAGAAACGAGUUUCUGGAAUACAAAUGGGUGUGGGAGAAUGCAAACGAUAGUUUAAUUACAAGUAGUAACUUUUCUGGGGAUAAUUUGGUGAACUAUGAUGCCGAAAAGAGGAAAAGUUCACACGCAAGUUCAUCAGAAACUAUGAUCAGGGAAAAUUUGCGUCAAUGGCAAGAACUUUGGAAAUUAUCCAUUUAUCACAAUGUGGUUCUUGAGAAAUUUUUUAACAAUUAUGACCCACUUUUACUCAAAGUUUUAAUGCUUAAUUUGAACAAUUUUGAUUGGAAGGUCAUUGAGUGGGUAGCUAGGAAUUACAGAACCCAACAAGAUGAUAGUAAUAUAACGACAAUUUUAAAAAGGAAAUUCAAUGCCUGGAAAGAACUACAAAAAAGGCUGUUAGAUGUUAUUAUAAAUAACCUUAACAAUAAAAAUUUUAAAAAUAAAUGGCAAAAUUGGGAGAAACUUAUUGAUGAAAAUGCGUCAUACUUGAUAUUGUAUUUUUGCCAAUCUAUGCUGGCCAAACUAGAGACUGAAAAAAUUACUGGUAACUCAUGGAGAAACAAAAAACGGAGAAAACAAAUUGAUAGCACAGUGGAAAUCGAGGCAAAACUGAAGGAAAACAUAGACAAUUUAUCAUUAAGGUUUAAUGAAGGUGAAAUAAAGCUGUAUGAUUUUAUUCCUGCGGAAAAAGAUUCCGUUCCAUUGAAGAAGGAAGUGAGUCCGGCAUUAAAGGCUGAUACCAAUGAUAUACUAGGCGAUUUGGCGUCUUUGAAACAGAGAAUGAGCAGUUUCGGAACAGUAGGUAAAAAAAAUAAACAAGAGGAGAACAGAGCUACACCAGUAAAAAAUUGGUCAAGGGUUCAAAAUUGGAAACCCAAACCCUUUGGUGUCCUGUAA